AUGAACCAGUGGUCAUCUUGCUCACAUAGUUGUGGUCCGCUAGGGAAACAAUUUAGAACACGUGACAUCGACAGGUCGUCGGCUUGUGGUGGGCAGACUAUGUUUCCUUCUUCUUUGUCAGAGGAGCAGUCGUGUAAUACAUUUUGUUUUAAUAGUGGGAAACUUAUCGAAAAUCGUUGCGAUUGUCCAAUUGGAUACAGUGGUACCUGUUGCGAAUGCAAGAUACAAGAUUGUGUCAUGGAUGCUUGGAGCGAAUGGUCAGCGUGUUCUAAAAAAUGCGGACCUCUCGGAAAACAGUUCAGAACACGUAAUGUUACUAAGGAACACGCCUGUGGUGGAGUCGUCUGCCCCAAUAAGCUUACUGAUCAAACACCCUGCAACCAGUUCUGCAACAACAGCGGAACCAUGAAACUACAAGAGGACACAUGCAGCUGCCAAGAAGGGUUUAGUGGUGAUUGCUGUGAAUGCGAAAAUGUCGACUGCAGUCAUAGUGAAUGGAGUGAUUGGUCGUCAUGUAAAAAUGCAACGCUCCAAGUUAGAUCACGUGACGUUAAUAUGUACCCAAAAUGUUCUGGAAAACAAUGUAGUGGGUCGUUAACCGAUGAGCGUUUGUGUGCAGACACACUAAAGUCCAAACUUCUGGUUCCAAAAUGGGUAGUUGGAUCAUUUGGUUUUUUUGCUGUGCUCGUUACCUGUGUGUUGGUGAUAUGUCUGUAUUUUUUAUGCAGGUAA